AUCACGAAGAUAUACGAAAUCCAAAUAGCUCAAAUAAAACAGGCGAGAGGAAUCAAGUCCAGUGACCCAAGAGGAGCGCCAAUCAGAACGGAAGUUUCCGAUCAAGCAACCCACCGGAGUAGUGGGCUCAGCGCGGGGCCCAGUCAUCCAGUACUGGAAACGACCUAGCUCCGAUAAAACGUGGAUGCUCUCGUCGCUCCCCGUAGUAUGCUACGGAACAUCGAGCGAUCCAUCCAUUGAUGAACGCCGCGGACACUAUUAACCAUGUUAACGAUCUAAAUAUCGAGUAGUGAGUGGGAAGGAUAACUUUUGGAGUAACGGUAUUUCUACAGAAAGCCUUUUGGAGCGAUUGGAAACUUUUGGAGUUGUCACCAACUGUUGGAUUCUUUGGCAAUUACUCUUCAACUCUUGGACGGUCAGGUGAUGAUUUAAAUUUGUGGUUUUCUCUUUGGAUUUGCCUAUUUGAACAGAUCGAAGUUUUUACUUGUGUCUGUUGUUAUAUUUUCAAGUACAUUUGUAACAAUUGAUGAUGUAGUGUUUUUCGACACCGAGAGACUCUUCUGACGGACUUCAUUAACUCCAAGGAAAAUAUAUCGACUCUCAAUAUUUCAUAAAGAAGUUUAGGAAACAUUUUAGAACUUUUCAAGGACUGCUGAAACAGUUUAUAAGUAAAGAUGGGGGAAAGGAUAAACAGCUCGGACAUUAUCAAAUAUGCAGUUGAUGCCACAAUCAAUGUGGCUACAAAUGGCAACAUGAGCGGGAAUGGAUCACGGGGACCGGCGGGGCAACCCCCCGGCAUGUUUCCCCCGUCUCGGGGCGCAGUCUACGGGAUAACUUUUUUCUUCUCCUUGAUUCUCGUCGUGGGAAUUAUCGGAAACUUAUUGGUAAUCUAUGCGAUCCUCAGCGACAGAAAAAUGCGGAGCUCCGUGACUAAUUUGUUUAUCAUCAAUUUGGCUAUUGCUGACUUUCUUAUCAUGAUUUUUGGAGUAACGGACGUGGUACUUUUCGCCAUUGAUCGUGGUUGGCUGCUUGGCGAGCCCCUCUGCAAGUUUCAGCGCUUCAUAAUGACAUGUGGCCUCUACGUUUCCGUUAUGACACUGUUGUCCCUUUGUGUAGAGAGAUAUAUUGCCAUCGUCUACCCGAUCAAAGCGCACAUCUUCUGCAGUCGGAAGCGGAUCCUCGGUGUGAUAGCCUGCGUCUGGCCGCUGGCGGUCGUAAUGGGCCUGCCCACGGUCCUCUACAACAUCGUGAAGCGACCCCCAAAAAGCGCCCAAGAGUUCUGUCUCCUCGUCUUCUCCGGAGACAGAGCGACAUCGCUCCUCAAGAAGACAGUUUUUAAAUUCAUCGAGAGUGGUUUGUUUUACAUUAUCCCUCUGGUGAUACAAAUCUGCCUGUACACAGUUAUCGGCAUCCGGUUGUUUGCCGGCACGUCGCUUCAUCGGCGGCAAACGAUCAAGUCGGAAAACGGCGUCGAAAAAGAAAAGUCUUCGGACGCUAUUCGAGCUCGAAAAGGCGUCGUCAAGAUGUUGGUCGCUUGCAUCAUUAUUUAUUUUCUGUGCUACUUGCCUCCCCAGGUGUUGCUGUUCUACGUCACGUUUUCCUCAACACCCUUCCACAUGACUUGGAACUUCCAAGUUUUCGGCUACGCACUCGCUUAUAUCAACUCUGCCGCCAAUCCCAUCAUGUAUAGUAUAUUCAGUCAGAACUUCAGAAGGAAGUUCAAGAAAGCUUUAGUUUGUCGCACAGGAAAGGACUACAAGCGCUCGACCACGUUGGACUCUUUUGGUGGUUCCCGAGCAACGACAAGAUUCACGAGUCUUAAACAGACGGCGGUGUCAGAAAUGUGAGAAAUUUGGCAACGAUUUUGUAACGACGUAUGUGUUCUUUUACCAACGUAAAAAUGAACAGAAGCUAUAAUUAUAUCCAUGAUAAAUUUUCAAAAUAAACAAGAAUUCAGAGGCUUAGACAAUUCAGAGUCCUCUUGGUCGUUGGCUAGGGCCUACAUUUUGAAAUCUAAGUGCUGAAUUUGACGUUUUUGGCCGUUUCCUGAAAUACUGCGGAAUCACCGCCGUCUUUUGCGAUGGGCGGCAAGGUACAUUCCUUGUCUCUGGCCGGAUGGCACGGAAAGUACUAUUUGAAUGCCAUUACAUUUCUUAAACAUGGAUGCCGUGGCUGGGUUGACCCUUGGGGCUCAACGACAUCCGAUGGGAUGAUGCUUGUGUUGUCAUGGUGCAGGCCAAAAUGCUGAUGAACACAUUCAUAUCACAAAAAUAAAUUGACGUGGUUUAGAUUUCUACGAAUUGUAUUCUCUGUUGAAGGAAAAUAUUUUUAAUUAGAUACGUGAAUAGACGAAGUUUGACUUUUAAAGUUAACAUGCAGGCUAUUGCGGGGACCGAAGUGUGCCUCGAGAAGGUUGGACCAUUUGGCGCCAGAUGGCACCAGCAUCCAGUUCUCAUCAAGUGCGCUGAGUCUGACGUGACGGACGGACGAACCCGACUGGACAGUUGGAUAUGCAAGUUGACCAACGUGUAGAUCAAUAUAUUGGUCAGACUGAAAGGAAGUUCAUGGACAGAUUGGUUAGUGCAAGGAAAUGUAUCCUUGGUUUGAGCGAUGUGUAUUAAAUUCCGCCUGUUUUAGUUUUCAAAAUGCCGUAUAUCAUAUCAGAAUUUAUGUGUGACCACCGGACCUACUUGGUGAGUCUCAUGUUCAUGUAUCCAUCGAUAAGCAAUCACAAAAAGAUCAAAUCGCUUCAAAACGACGUCAAUUUGCAUCGGGAAUGUUCGAAGUGGUGCCCAUCGAUGCCCGAGAAACAUGGCGCGAGUUAUCUCAUUCGUUAGCGGAUCCCGUUUGAAUAUCGGUGUUUGUCCAGAUAUUACUUGUGGAAAUAUGUAUCAUACAAUGAGGUUAUUUAUUCAAAGCAAUAAUAAUUUAUUAAUGUUGAACCAGUAUAAAUAUGUACAGAAUAUAUCUAAGAGCAAUCAUUGUCGACAAUGACGUCAUUAAUAGGCAGGUUUCGCAAUCCCUACGAACGACGAAGUACCAAGGUCUGUCGUUUCAUCAAGUCACCGGCUAAUUUAUUCACGCGAGACUCAUAAAUAAUUUUCUAUCCCUGAAAGACUCUGGUUGUUCGAGAUAUCGGGAAUUUUCCAAAGACGUCAUCAUGAAGUACGAUUAAAUAUAAUUUCGUCGUUCGUAGCUCUUCGUAAGGGUUUCGAAACCUGCCUAAUAUUGCUCAGUGUAUAGCUAAACAUUACAUAGAGGGCAGAUAUCUAGUUUGUUUUUCAUCAAAAUAUAACCGAAUACGUUAUUUCUUCCCACCGCUGAUAGCAUCCCGACCACCCCAUUCCAAGUCAAAGAAUUUCCACAGCUAUUAGCUGAGGGUCAUCGGCUUUAUACCGAUGAAGAGCCCCUAGGCUGAUCGGACACUCUUCCUAAAAUGAUGAUGCAGUGAUGCGGGGUUGGCCUGUUUUUUCUGAGUGUCGCCUUCUAAUGUCAGGUGGCCAGUGCGGGGUCAGAUGCUGAGAGACAAACGACCCUGCAAACGACACUAGAUAAAAAAGUUCAUUCACGAAUUAGAGUACUCGAGAGGCGAAAGCAUUUAGCACGUUUCGAAACCUCUGUAUGCUUGGCUGCAAAACUACAAAGGCAGUCUCCACACGUCUUUUCAUGAUGCAUGGUGUAUCAUAACAGGCAUUUUUAAUCGAAUGCAUGAUGAAAAGUUUUGACAAGAAUGUAAUUGUUAUGUAAUAAAGUGUUUAAUUAUGUAUCAGUUGUUAUCUGCAUGAUUGUACCAGCGAGUAAAAUA